GUGAGGCUGAGCUGUCAUCUAUGAAAUCUAUGGUUCGACUAACUUAAAGGAGAAACUGAAUAAAUUUCAACAUAUCAAGCAAAAUAUUAGUUUCAAGCUGCAUCCCGUGUGUAAAACAUUUAUUUGAAGAUAUUUACAUAUCUAUAUAUACAAUAUUCCUGUGAUAUAGUUGGAGGUUAGUUCACCUCUUGACACCGUCUUUUGAUGCCCCAGCAGGCUGAUGCUGGAAGAUGGAGCCCAGGUCGUGCGACACGUUCGUGGUCCUCCCGCCGCUCACAGCCCACGGCGGGGUGGUGUUCGGCAAGAACUCCGACAGGCCGCAGGGCGAGGUGCAGGAGGUUAUCUUCGAGCCGGCCCGGGACUACUCUCCUGGGACAAUGCUGGAGUGCACCUACAUCAGCGUGGAGCAAGUGAGCCACACUCACGCUGUGAUCCUGAGCAAGCCUGCGUGGAUGUGGGGCGCGGAGAUGGGUGCCAACGAGCGGGGCGUCGUCGUGGGCAACGAGGCGGUGUGGACGAAGCUGAGCGGCCCGCGAGACCUGGAGGAGAGGCUGCUGGGCAUGGACCUCGUCAGGCUGGCCCUGGAGCGGGGCGGCACCGCGGAGGAGGCCCUGGACGUGAUCACCGGCCUGCUGGAGAGGCACGGCCAGGGGGGGCCCUGCUCCGACGCGAUCCCAGACUUCUCGUACCACAACUCCUUCCUGAUCGCCGACCCGGCGGAGGCGUGGGUGCUGGAGACCGCCGGCGGCGAGUGGGCUGCCGAGAGAGUCGCCGGUGGCUGUCGAAAUAUUUCUAAUAACUUGACGAUCGGAGUUAAAAUAGAUAAAUGCUCUCAGACUCUCAGAGAAACAGCCCAGAAGAAUGGAUUUUGGGAUGGACAGGGGGACUUCCACUUCGCCGCAGUGUACGGGGACUCCAGCCCCGGCCAACUGGAGUGCGGCCGGCAGAGGAGCGGCCGCGAGCUGCUGCUCAAGCACUCGGCCGAGUCUCGCUUCUCCGCCUGCGACAUGUUCUCCGUGCUAAGGGACGAGCCCAGCGGGAUCUGUCGCGACGCCAGCGACGCCUUCCCCACCACGGGCAGCCAGGUUUCAGUGUUGAGCCCUGUGGGGAGUAACAAGCCCCACUGCCAUUGGUUCACUGCAACGCCAAAUCCAAAACUCUCGGUGUUCAAACCAUUCAUCUUCACACCCAACGCCAAGAUCUCGAAGCACACCCAGAGUCCACGUUUCGACCCUGAUCCUGCUAAGGAGGUGCCGAGGUUCCGCCGGGCUGUGGACCGCUCGCACACCCUGUACCGGCUGCACUCCGCCGCCACGGCCGCCGACCGCCUGGCCGUCACCGCCCUGCUGCAGGACAUGGAGCAGAGCUGCCUGGGCGAGGUGGAGGGGUUCCUGCGCGAGUCCGCGGGCGCCCGGAGCCUGGGCGAGGUGGGGGACCUCUUCAAGGACGUUGUCGAGGCGGAGGUCAGGUUCUACAAGUAGGCCCCCGUCUCCGAGUGUGGCACGCCUCCGUUCCACCGUACCGCUGUACCUCCAUAGCAUUGUCCGUUCUGCCGUCUCAGCUUGGCAAUCUAGAUCUACAAGUACGCUAGGCUCCCGGUGCGCCCGCCCGCGUUUCCGUCUUCAAGUGUGGCAUACCUUCAUUCCACUGUACCUCUGUACCUCCAUAGCAUUGUCAAUGAGGGGCCGACCCUCCAUUCUGCCGUUUCAGCUUGGCAGUUUAGAUCAUUGCUAUGUUCUAUUUUUUUUGUUUUGUUUUACGUACUUAAAACAUUUUAAAUAUUAUGUAGACUGAUACGAAACUGUGUUUCUUCGCCCCUUUUUAAAUAAAUCAAUUUAAAAAUCUUAUACUACCAAUAUUACAUAGAAAAACCCUCUCCUUCCUGUUUUCGACUUGCAUCUCCAGGUGUCAGGCUCGUGAGAUUUGUGACUGCAUCUCCAGGUGUCAGGCUCGUGAGAUUUGUGACUCGUGUAGUGACAGUAGUUUUACGUCAGUUCUUACUCUAUAUGCUCAAGGGAAUUACUUGCUGACUGAGCCUGCUGAGGCUCCUAGAGCGAGGCAGUGGUCAAACGUAUUAAUUGAGCACCGCAAAGUUUAGAACCCACUGUGAUCUUAAAGAGAACCCUUGAACUUACACCUUUCUCUCCAUAACCAUUCAGCAUAAAACUCUUUGCUAUUUUACUUAAUUCAUAUUAAUCCUCUUUGCUAUAAUAAAAAAUAUUUUUAACAACUAUUGCAUGCAAAAUUACUUUAAGGGGUUUAACACUCGUACAUAGGUAUAUAAAAAAAUCUGUUACAUAUAUGCAAUGCUAUAAUUAUUUUUCUGAGAACACCAAAGUGUAUAUGUAAUUAUGUACUAUAUUAAUUGUGCUUAAAAAAUUGUGAUAACCUUGUAAUUUUUAGGAUUACUGUAACUGUAAAAUUAUAUGUACAGUUCCCUAGUUGAGAUUGCAACAAUAAACAAGUAGUAUAUUA